AUGAGCUUAGAUCAGCAGCCCCCUCAGCCAUCCGUCAGCGAGCGCAGAGGCCAACGACUAGCUCCUCUGCAAACGAACUUCAGCCGUCCGAAUGCUCACGGUUCAGUGCAAUCCCCGACUCUGUCUGCGGCUCCCGAUGCAGCAUCAACCGUGUCUGCAACCCCUCGAUUGCAACGUCUGCGACCCACGGACUACCAAAAUGAAAGCCAGGGAGAGAGGGUGCCACUACAACAAACUCCGGUAAAGCGUCAGACAUCCAAGUCGGGUUUGCGGGGACUUUUUGCCUGGGAGAAGCCCUCUCACAGUGACCGUGUCGGACACGCCAUUAUCGCCAAGUGUUUGUGCCACCCCAAGACCGCAAUGUCGAUGUCGACCUUGGUUGCCUCUCCUCCGGGCGGUGCGAGUCGGAUGAAACUUGCAUCGAAGUCCCGAGGGAAGCUUAGCGACAGUCGACCAGUCGCUGGUGACCAUGGGUGGAAGCCGCCUCCGCUAUUUCAGGCCUAUCCACAGGCAAUCAAGCACGACUGUCUCUGGGCCCCGGCUAUGUCUGCUGAUUCCAUUUUGCGCAUCCAGGCGACCGCAAAGAGCAACAGCAGCUCCAACGAUGUAGACCCUCAAGGUAAUCAGCCGCCAAAUGAGGAAGCUUCCGCGGAACGGAAGAAGAAGGAAGAUAAGGAGAAGAAACAUAUGCGAACGGUCUCCGACACUAUCGGCAAGACUGAGUGGUCCCAAAAGAUUUAUGUGCUGGUCACAUCUGGUUAUAUCUUGCAAUACUCAGCAAGCGGGAGGCAUGAUCGACUACCGGAGAAGAUGUUGCAGGUGGGCCCCAAAUCAGUGGCUUUUGCCAGCGAUGCGAUUCCUGGUAAGCGUUACGUGCUGCAAAUUUCUCAAAGUUCGGAAGAAGACAGCACGGCGACAGUUGAUACCCAUCGGCCCUUGUUUUCCCGCCUGGGAUUUCAUCGAUCCUAUUCCCGGCGAUGGACUCGUACUUUCCUUCUUGUGUUCUCCAAUGCCGAAGAAAUGAGCUCCUGGCUCCUGGCUGUCAGAGCUCAGAUCGAAGCCCGCGGAGGCAAAAAAUACAUUUCUGAAAACCCGUACGACGAGGGCAUGGAGCAUCAGCUGCGGCCGAAACCGAGUAUCCGACAGAUGGUACAAAGAGACCCCAACCGCUUCUCCAACAUCUAUCUACAGCCUCAUCAGUCGGCAGGUUCCGACGAAAAAGAUCAAGCUCUCAGCGAUCAAUCCCGCCGCAGCUCCUAUAUAUCUGUUCAACGCCGGUCGCUCGUCUAUCAGUCUGGCGCUGAGUCCCGUUCCAACUCGAUGUCGACCACACAGACGGAUGUAACACCGCCUGUCAAUGGCUUCGGGCGGUUGUAUUCUUCGGUCCCUCCGCCGAGUGGUCCUUUUACACUUCCUAAUGGCGUGGCAGUCCCUGGAGCACACCAACCGAGCGUACCGCCGAGCCCGACCACGGCAAGUCUGACCAAACGCUUAUCCGCCUAUCUGGCAGGAUCCCCGAGCACAGAGGGGCAUGAACCUGGGUGGUCGCCGUCAACGGUGCCAGAGCCAAUCUUGCGAAGCACUUCGCCUCCAGCGCCCAACUUCAGUGUUCCAUCAUUCAGCAAGAGGUUUGCUGCGAAGACCGCUCAAGCUCAACUUCUUCAAGGUCCUCGUCUGGACUGUGACCGGAGUAAUGGGCUCUGUCAUCAGGAUUCUGACGAGCAACUCGAUGCUUUGGCUGCGUUUCCCUCCCCACCUCAGUCGCCAACCCGCAACAUGAGUAGAAUGGGCCUCAACGAUAUACAUGAGGAUACCUCUACCGUCCGCAACGCCUCCCCUAGACGACAGUUGCGGGUAUCCAAUUCUGAGGAUUCGCUGGCAGAUCCUCUGCAAAGAAAUAACGACCACAGGAGUCUACCCAACCCACGUUUACCGAUAACGUACACCAUGACAACGCACUUUCGUCCUCCGAGCAUAGCCAUUGACCCGUUAACCAAGCUUUCAUCUGACCCGCAACCCACUCGACCAACCACAAAUUACGGAAAUCAGCCCCGCCUUGAGCUCCAACGGGAUAGAGUGUAUCCCACAGACCACGGCAGUCGUCCUCCCAGCAUGGCCCGGCGCAAGAGCAUGCCGGGACUGUCUGUUGGUCCCCCAGCGGCACCGCCCCCAAUUGCCCCUUACCAAAAAUCCCAUGUCCAAUCGAUCCACAUAGGCCUGUUCUGCUACCAAGUGCUUCCCUCACAGCUCGGUCCUCCCACUUGCCGCCUUCGAAGACGUUACGAGACCGCCAAAGAAGCUUUGCCAGCAUCAAUCCUCCCACGUCCCAUACCAAUCUUUCCGCUGCUCCAAGUAUAG